CCUCAAGCUGCAAGGACAGCCUCAUCCAGCCGUUCGCGCUCCCGCUCGUCUCAUCUCCCCCUCCUCCACGUCCCUCCCCUCUCGCGUCGUGCACCCGGCCUUGGGAGCGCGUUCGCCACCACCUAAGCACUCGAGCACCUUCCAGGACCGCACCCACCCCAACCACGUGCCAUGAACAUCUUUCGGCUCUUUGGCGACCUCUCCCACCUCGCGUCCAUCUUCAUCCUCGUGCACAAGAUCCAGAAGAGCAGGAGCGUGCGCGGCAUCUCGUUCAAGACCCAGCUCAUCUACCUCGUCGUCUUCCUCACCCGCUAUGUCGACCUCCUCACCGGCCCGCACAUCUCGUACUACAACACCCUCAUGAAACUCUUCUUCAUCGGCUCGAGCGCCUACGUCCUCUUCCUCAUGCGCUUCAAGUUCAGGCCGACCCAGGACCCAGCCAUCGACACGCUCCGGCUCGAGUACCUCCUCGGACCCUGCGCCGUUCUCGCCCUCAUCUUCAACUACCGCUUCACCGUCAUGGAGAUCCUGUGGGCCUUCUCGAUCUACCUCGAGGCCGUCGGUAUCCUCCCCCAGCUCUUCAUGUUGAGCCGCACGGGCGAGGCCGAGAACAUCACGACCCACUACCUCUUUGCGCUCGGCGCCUACCGCGCCCUCUACGUGCCCAAUUGGGUCUACCGCUACUUUACCGAGGACACGGUCGACCCGAUCGCUGUCUGCGCAGGCCUCGUGCAGACGGCCAUGUACAGCGACUUCUUCUACGUCUACUGGACCAAGGUCAUGCGGGGCCAGAAGUUUGAGCUUCCGGCAUGAGCGCGUCGACCGUCGCUCGUCCAGCCACGCUCGGCGUCUCGCCAGCUCCUCUCGCCCUCGCACCUCUCCCCUCCCUCCUCUUCCUCCUCCCCGACUUUUCCACGCCGCAUACCCCCGACCCGCAUGGACACUCGCAUCGACGACGACGACGGUAAGGAGGGACGGCAGUGGUGAGCGAGGGGCGUAAUCAGGAGGGCGGCCUCUCGUAGACGCUGUUGAGCGAAAAAGAGUCGCGGGCGGCGGCAAUGUAGAUACCCUCUCUUUC